AUGUACUCGCACGAUUGAUUUGCGCUUUAAAUAUAUUGUCCGUUCUGUCACGCGAAUCUGUACGUACUUGGAUGUCAUUUUGUAUCUUCCACGCGCGAACGUUAUUACAUGGUACAUAUCCGACCACAAAAAUCUGUGUAAUUACUCGUCGAUAAUAUUUUGGGUGGAUAUAAGAUUCGAAAAGCGAGUGACACACUAAAGUAUAUAAUUAUGACAUCGGCGAUUGAAAUUUUGGCGAAGCAGGCGAUGAAAACGUUCGGCGAGAGCCGGCUCUGUCAGAAGAGCCUAGACAAACUGUGGAGUCUGAUGAACAAAAUCACUGCCGAGGAUGUGAGACUCGAUAAAAACAUUCUCGAUUAUGUCAGCAGACAACCGGCGCCUAUGUGCGUGAUGGAUGUAUUUGAAAACAAGGAUAUAACAAUCGCGAUUUUCAUACUGAAACACGGAGUCAUGAUGCCUAUGCAUGAUCAUCCUGGAAUGCAUGGCUUGUUAAAGGUAAUCAGUGGUGCAGUGGAAUUAAACAGCUAUAGUUUGAGGACGAAGAGUGAUCAUGUAAUUAAGUUGAAUGAGGAGAUUGCAGCAGUCAAGCAUCGUUCAAUGUCUCUUCACAGUAAUUCGCCCGCUUGUAUUCUCACACCAUCAGAGAAAAAUCUGCAUGAAAUCUCAUGUAUAGAGGGCCCCGCAGCUUUCUUAGAUAUACUCAGUCCGCCGUACGAUGUCGACGAGUUCGGUAAAGGACCAAGACCGUGUACAUUUUUCAAGGUUGUUAAUUUUAAUUUGUGUACAGAAUCAGCAGAUGUUGAAGAGGUACAGUUGUCCAUCAUAGAAAGUCCUCCAGACUUUUAUUCUUCUUCUCUAAAAUAUAUUGGACCUUCAUUGAAAGAUUAUUAUAACAAAUAAUUUUCUUCAUUUUCCAUUUAAAAAAUUUUGCAUUUGUCAAUAAUUUACAGUGUAUAUAAGAAAGUAUAUAUAAAUGCAUCAAAGACUUAAAUUUUGUUGAUGUAUGAUAAUCGAUAUCAUACAGUAAUAUCGGUGAGCUUGUCGGGACCAAACAAUGUCCUUAUUGUAAACUUUCUCUGUAGUCCUGACUUUUUUAUUCCGAUAUCACAUAUUCAGAUUGAAAAUAUCAUUGUGUAUUCUUGUGUGACGUGUUUUUUUUUUUGCUCGAAUGUCACAUUAGAGUAGAUAAAUGUGAAUAUGUACAUACAUAGUGACAAGAGCAAAUAAAAAGAUUAAGCAUUCAUCAACUUGAAUAACAACAAAUAGAUAAGUUUAUGGAUAACAGAGUUUAGUAUAUGGACAUUCAAUUAUAUCAUUAAAAUAAUUGCUUCUAUUGUGGCUAAGAUAAAAAUUUUAAUCCAAGCAUAGAUAAUUUAACAAUCGUCUAUAUACAUACAUAUAUUUAGCUGUUAUUUAUUUUCUUAAUACGCAGCAUUAUACAUAAACAUUUUUCAUAUACUUUAACAAAAAGUAUACUUUUUAAAAGUUGACUUUUUAAAUAUUUUAAAUACUUUUUUAUAUCUUUGGGUUUUGAAUUUUCAAACAUUGAUCAUUGAUGAACAAAAGUAAAUUGUAAAUUAAGUUUCUAUUCAUAAAUUUAGAAAAAGAUGAUAUCUCUCAUUUUGACAACAUACAAAUACAAAGAAAAGUCACAAAAAAAACCGAGUGUUAUAACGUUAAAUAUGUAAAACAUAUAAAGCAAUAUUAUGAUUUAAAUAUUAAUAAAUUAUUUGUAUAUUAGAAAUAUCAUAAAUAAUUAGUUAUAAACAGAAUGUGUAUAUGUGGGUUAUCUUCAAUACAAUGUUGUUUUUAAGAUUUAAAAGGGCAGUUUCAUGAGUGGAAAAAAUAUUUAUAUUAUACCUUUCUAGAUAUCCCUUAUUUUGAAAAACUAAGGUACUUAAAAUAUAUAUAGCAUUAUCUUAUGUUAAGUAUUUGCUAGAAAAAUUGUACUUAAUUAGUUGAACAUCUAUCUUUGCACAUUAUAGGAAAAUCUAUUCAAUAAAUGUAUUUAUA